AUGGUAUUUGCACGAUCUUUGGCACGCCCAGCCAGCAGCUUGUUGUCUGCUUCCCCGCAUUUGGGUCGCCGGGCUCUUCCCAAAGCUUUCGGCACACAAUUCAGCAGAUCACUAACAGCAUCUGCUUCUCGACAGGGCAAAGUCCUGCUCGUCCUAUACGACGGCUUUGAGCACGCCAAACAGCAACCUAGAUUGCUCGGUACCACAGAGAACGAGCUCGGUAUCCGAAAAUGGAUUGAAGAACAAGGCCAUGAACUCGUCACCACCUCCGAUAAGGAGGGAGAGAACUCAGAAUUCGACAAGCACAUCCCAGAUGCCGAGGUCAUCAUCACCACUCCCUUCCACCCAGGUUAUCUGACCGCAGAACGAUUGGCUAAGGCUAAGAAGCUGAAGAUCGCCAUUACUGCCGGUAUCGGUUCGGACCAUGUCGAUUUGAACGCUGCCAACAAGACCAACGGUGGUAUCACAGUCGCCGAGGUUACUGGCUCCAACGUCGUUUCCGUCGCCGAACACGUCGUCAUGACCAUCCUCACCCUUGUCCGAAACUUCGUCCCAGCCCACGAGCAGAUCGAGAAGGGUGACUGGAAUGUUGCCGCAGUCGCAAAGAACGAGUUUGAUCUCGAGAACAAGGUCGUCGGUACAGUCGCUGUUGGCAGAAUUGGCGAGCGUGUCUUGCGAAGAUUGAAGCCAUUCGAGUGCAAGGAACUCCUGUACUUCGACUACCAGCCACUUAAGCCUGAGAUUGAGAAAGAGAUUGGCUGCAGACGAGUUGAGGACUUGGAAGAGAUGUUGGGACAAUGUGAUGUUGUCACUAUCAACUGCCCUCUCCACGAGAAGACUCGAGGUUUGUUCAACAAGGACCUGAUUUCCAAGAUGAAGAAGGGUGCUUGGCUCAUCAACACCGCUCGUGGUGCGAUCGUAGUCAAGGAGGAUGUUGCUGCCGCUCUCGAGAGUGGUCAAUUGAACGGUUAUGGUGGUGAUGUAUGGUUCCCACAACCAGCACCCAAGGACCAUCCACUGCGAUAUGCAAAGAACCAAUGGGGUGGUGGUAACGCUAUGGUUCCUCACAUGUCUGGUACAUCGAUCGACGCUCAAGAGCGAUAUGCUGCUGGUACCAAGGCUAUCUUGGAGAGCUACUUCUCCGGUAAACACGACUACAGACCUGAAGAUCUCAUUGUCAUCAACGGUGACUAUGCCACAAAGGCUUACGGUCAGCGAGAGAAGAAGCAAUAG